AUGGCGCGCGCUGGCGGACUGCUGCUGCUGUUGCUCGUGUGCGCGCUGGCGCGCGCGGAGAGCGACAUGGAGCUGCUGCGGAAGGCCAGCAGCGCGCUGUGCGCGUCGACCCACUCGCGCUUCGCGCGCCUCCGGGCCGACACGGCGCCCAAGGUGGAGCUCGAGCCGCCGGGCACCGUCAGCCCGGCCGGCUUCAACGUCUUCGUCGUGUUCGGCGUGCGGCCCUGCUCGGGCGUGCUAGUCUCCGACUGGUACAUCCUCACCAGCGCCUACUGCACCGAGCACGCCGUAAACGGUACGGCCUUCCUGGGCGGCACCAAGUACCAGUCGAUGGCGGACGUGCGGCAGCCGGAGGUGGUGGUGGCGGUGGUCAGCGACAUCCGCGUCUACAGUGGUUCCGACCGCCACCUGGACCACGACGUGGCGAUCGGCAAGCUGUCGAGGAAGUGCGAGCCGAAUGCCAACAUCAACCACGCCGCACUCACCUCGGUCACCAAGUGA